UGAAUAUCAACAAAAGAGAAAGCGAUGCCCUCUCUUCCGCUGCAGUCGCUCUGCGAGCUUUGCUCUGCGCAGAAGCCUUCACUGCGCCGCCCGAAAACCGGCCAGAAAAUCUGCCAGCAGUGCUUCUUCCACGUCUUCGAGACCGAGAUCCACAACACAAUCACCGCCGCCUCGCUCUUCCACCCCGGCGAGCGCGUCGCCAUCGGCGCGUCCGGGGGCAAGGACUCGACCGUGCUCGCGCACGUCAUGAAGACGCUCAACGAGCGGUACUCGUACGGCGUCGACUUUGUCCUGCUCUCGAUCGACGAAGGCAUCCGUGGCUACCGCGACGACUCGCUCGAGACCGUCAAACGCAACCAGCAGCAAUACUCGCUCCCGCUCAAAAUCGUCAGCUACAAAGACCUCUACGACGGCUGGAGCAUGGACAACAUCGUCGCGCAGAUUGGGAGUAAAAACAACUGCACCUACUGCGGCGUGUUCCGCCGGCAGGCUCUUGAUCGCGGCGCGCAGAUGCUGGGAAUCAACCACGUCCUCACCGGCCACAACGCAGACGACAUGGCCGAGACCGUGCUCAUGAACAUCCUCCGCGGCGACACCGCCCGCUUAGACCGCUGCACCGAGAUCAUCACGCAGAGCGCAGAGUCGCCAAUCAAGCGCUCCAAGCCGCUCAAGUUUGCCUACGAGAAGGAAAUCGUGCUCUACGCGCACUACAAAAAGCUAGACUACUUCUCAACCGAGUGCACCUACUCCCCCGAGGCCUUCCGCGGCACCGCGCGCACGCUCAUCAAAAACCUCGAGACCGUGCGGUCGAGCGCGAUAAUCGACAUCAUUCAUUCUGGCGAGACGUUUGCGCUGCAGCGCCGCGGCGGGAAAAAUCAGGCAAAGAAGCUCGUCGCGGGCGUGUGCGAGCGGUGCGGGUACAUCUCCUCGAAUAAGCUGUGUAAAGCCUGUGUGCUGCUUGAUGGGCUUAAUGCUGGGCGGGCGGCUGUGCAGAUUUCGCUCGAGAAGCCUGGUGAUCAAGAUGAUGGGGCGGCGUUGGUAAGGAAGCAGUUGGAGCAUCUGUCGUUUUAGACAUGUAUAUUGGCGCUAUGAUUUGUAUUCGUUUCGGGGCAUUUGUAUAUAGUGUAAAUAGGCGUUCUUUUUUUUUAU